CUCCCUUCAACGUGACGACGCUGGACGAUAAUCCUCUUUCUUCCCAUCCUUUCUUUUUCUUCUCCUCCCCUUUGUUUUCUUCCUUUCUUCUCUUUGCUAUUCAUGUUCCACUUUGACCUACGCCCACCCCCAUAACCCAGGCACACGAAACGAAUGCCUAUCACGGAAUGCCCCAGUGCCACCAUGUCGCUCGCUCUAGAGUCCCCAGCAGCCGCGCCGACUUGCUCGUCCUGCUGUUCCUAAGUCUUGCGUCAUUUCCAGGUCUAUUUCCAACGGCGUCAGCGCAGUUCGCCCUUCCCGCAUCCGCCGCCAACCUGACCACCGUCCGGUCCCCCAUCGACAGAAGCAUCUCCAUCAGCUACAAAUCGCCCAAUGGGUCCGUCUGUCGUACCGCCUUCGACCACCAGCGCCAGUAUACUGGCUGGGUCAAUGUUCCCGGCGAAUACCCCACCAACCUCUUCUUCUGGCUUGUCGAGGCUCGCCAGCCCACCGACAUGCUCACCAUCUGGCUGAACGGCGGGCCGGGCGCCAGCUCCCUCUUCGGCAUGUUCAAUGGUGUUGGUCCCUGUGAGGUCGUGGAGGCGGGCCUGGACCAGUAUGAUACCCUGACGAGGGAAUGGGGCUGGGAUCGCGCCUCCAACAUGCUCUUCAUCGACCAGCCCAACCAGGUCGGUUUCUCCUUCGACACCCCGACGAACGGCUCCGUCCAUCUCCUCAACGGCACGCGUAUUGUCCCGCCCGUUCCGGCUCCCGAUGACGGACUCUCACAUGCCACGUUCAUCAAUGGUACCUUCGGCUCGCUGGAUUACAAUGCCACGGCCAAUACCACGGAACAGGCGGCCAUGGCGGUCUGGCACAUGCUCCAGGGAUUCCUGGCCACCUUCCCUUCCUUCAACCCGUCCGGUCGCAAUAGUAUCGGAAUCAAUCUCUUCGCCGAGAGCUACGGCGGCAAGUUCGGCCCCGUCUUCUCACAUGUCUGGGAACAGCAGAACGCCAAGCGCCGCAAUGGCUCCAUCCCUCGCAACUCGACCCUCGAGAUCCGCCUCGCCUCCCUCGGCAUCGUCAAUGGCUGCAUAGACGACGCCAUCCAGGCCCCUUACUAUCCCGCCUUUGCCCUCUCCAACACCUACGACUUCCGGGCCAUCAGUUCCGUCCGCGCCAACCUCGCCAACAACUCCUUCUACGCCGACGGCGGCUGCCUCGACUUGAUCCGCCAAUGCCGCACCGCCGAAGAAGUGCACGACCCGGACGGCACCGGCACCGUCGACCUGGUCAACGAGCACUGUUCCCGCGCCUACAGGACGUGCUACGAUUCCGUCGUCGCCCCGUACGCCGACGCGGGCCGCAGCUGGUACGACAUGGCCCACGUCCUGCCCGACUCCUUCCCGCCCGCCACGUACCUCGAGUACCUCAACACCCGCGCCGUCCAGGAGGCCAUCGGCGCCGUCACCAACUUUACUUUCGCGAGCAGGGAAGUGGCCGCCGCCUUCCAGGCCACCGGCGACUACGUCCGCGGCUCCCACGUGCCGCGGCUGGCCUCCCUCCUCGACGCCGGCAUCCGCGUAGCCUUCAUCUACGGCGACCGCGACUACGUCUGCAACUGGCCGGGCGGCGAGGCCGUCGCCGACGCCGUGGCCUGGAACGCCCGCGACGCGUACGGCCCCCGGUUCGCCGCCGCCGGCUACGCCCCGCUCAUCGUCAACGACUCGUACAUCGGCGGCGUGGUCCGGCAGUUCGGCAACCUCUCCUUCAGCCGCAUCUACCAGGCCGGCCACUCCGUGCCGUCCUACCAGCCCGAGACGGCGUUUCAGCUCUUCGCCCGCGUCGCCCUCGGCACGUCCGUCUCCACCGGCGACGCCAUCGACCCGCUCGACUACGCCACCGAGGGGGACGACCGCGCCGAUCGGCACAGGGACGACCUCCCCGACUCGCCUGGCCCGACGUGCUGGCUGCGGAACGUCCAGGGGUCGUGCAGCCGAGACCAGAUCGAUAUGCUCGAGCGCGGGGACGGGGUCGUCCUUAACGGCGUGUUGUAUGAGCAUUCGAGCGACUGGCCUCUCGCCGGUAAACUGGCGUCUUCGCCGUCGACGUCGGUUGGUGCCGGCGCGGAGAGGACCACGACAUCGACCCCUUCACGGGCGCUGACGGGGAUAUUUACCGCUACGGCCACGCCUGACAGUGGUCAAGUUCGCUCCCGUAAUGCCAGAGACAGUGUGCUUCUCCUGGGCCUGGCACUUUGUUGUGCGGCUCUGGGGAUGGUGUGAUAGAUGUAUAUAUAUGUACAUGUAUAUAACAAGCCUUGCCUUCGUGUUUGACGUUAUGUAAUGUAAUGCGCAAUAGGCGCUUGGACAUGCAAGCUGGGAGAGAGACAUGAUACAAGCUAUCUGACACCGCUGAAUAAUGGAGACUUUUGAAGAGCAGAGACUUGUCUACGCCAGACAUGGUGGACAUCAUGGUCAGACAUACGCAAGACGAGCGAUGAAAAGAUAGAGACAAAUGUAUAUGUUCAGAAAUAUUGACUAUAAUUGUCGACCGUCUACAUAAACUUGUGACUACGAAAGGGUUCUACAAGUGCCUACGGGAACCACUU